AUGCCACCCACUCCCCGCCGGCCCAAUGCAGCGGCCUCCAGCAGCACGGCGGCUGCACGAAGCACUCUCGGCCAAGGACUUGGAAAAGGCAGAGUCGGCGGAGUCGGCGGAAAGGGCCUAGGAAAGGCGCUCGCAAAGAGGCACAGGAAGGUCAUGAAGGACACUAUCAGGGGAAUCACCAAGCCCGAUAUCCGUCGUCUGGCCAGACGUGGAGGAGUAAAGCGUAUUUCCGCCCAGAUCUACGAGGAGGCAAGGCACGCUCUGGUAACCCGCCUCAAGGCCGUUCUGCAUGACUGCGUGAUCUAUCUUGAACACUCUUCGCGCAAGACCGUCACAGUUACAGAUGUCAUUUUUGCUCUUAAGCGGAUCGGAACUCCCAUCUACGGCUUCGACGCGGAUACCUACAAGCCCAAGGGCAGGAAGUAA